AUGGUUGCUGAUUCAAUUACUUAUCAUCCAACAUUAACCAAGUUGGUCAAAUUCUGGGACUCAACACCCCAAAGAGAGAAAAGCUUUAGGUUAUUAGCCUACUUAUCGCGAUUCUUGAGCUAUUACUGCUAUAGAAAAGGCUAUUCAAAGGAACUCAUUGAUAUGUUUGCCAACUUGAAAAACCAGUUUUCCUUUAUUAGGAAAGGUAUGAGAUUCUUUAAACCCGUGACUCAUUUACAAGCUGCUUCAAGGGCCUAUGACAAUAAAUUAUUAGACCCUGUUUUGCAAUUUACCACAAUUGUUAGAAAUUUGAGUUAUGCUGCUUAUUUGGGCUUUGACGGUUUGAUUUUUGGUAAAAUGUUGGGCCUCGUUAAUAAAUCAAGAGUCCCAGAUGCUGCAACAUGGGCAAGCAGAUUCUGGUUACUUGGAUUGGCUGCCGGUAUCAUAAACUCAUUAAGAAUCAUCUACUCAUUGAGCUCGUAUGAACGUAGUUCAACAUCAUCCGCUGAUGAGAAAAACCAAGCUGACAUAAAUGAUGUCAAUAACAAAUUGUACAUUGCAAAGAGAAAAUUGGUGUGGGAUUUGUUAGAUAGCUUUAUUGCUUUGAACACCUUGAACUUUUUGCACUUUACUGAAGGUGAUAUCGGUUUAGCUGGUGUUCUUACUUCGCUUAUGGGCUUGGAAGAUCAAUGGAAAGCUCAAUCAAUUUAA